UUGUUUUCAGUGUAACACAGGACACCGAUAAUUUACACAUCACUAUUUUCACUAGUUUUCAUUGUAUUUUACAAACUGUUCCAACUUUUUCUUAUUUGAGGUUGUAUAACUUUUCAAGAAAUUCAAACAUGGCUGUUCCUCCAAUUUGCCUUCUGUCCCCGACCGGCUGCUUGGUUCUACUAGCUCCUCGGGUUUUCGUCACAGCGUGCACACAAGUUCACCAAGCAAAGCGCAAGCUGUGGUAAACCGUCGUGGUGCGGCGCAAGCAGAGCACAGCGGUGCUGUUGUCACUUUCUGUCUGAGAACACCUAGAGGAAGACAUGUCACUCAUUGUGCACAAUUUGCAACAAGUCACUUGGUUUUGCCAUUUGUGGUGUUUGAGAAUAAAUGCACUCACUUUAUCUGAAUAGGAUUUCAGUAUCUGAAAUCUCAGUGAGUACAUUUACUGAUUUAGUAACAAAUACAAGCAAACAAGUGCACACACUGUGUGUAUUCAGAUAUGACCUGCAGAAAUUGAGCCAGGUCGUGUGUUGAAUAGACCACAACACUAUAAACAGGCCAUUUAGUUUCAUGUAGGUACCAUUCAGAGAACGAUACCAAACUAAAUCAAUCAAAUCUAAUUGAUUUAUAUAGCACUUUAAAACAACAUCCAGCUGACUAAAGUACUUGACAUGGGAAAAUAAAAGUCAAAACUAGACAUGUAUCUUAGAAAUUCGCUGUCUAUAUUUUAUAUUUCAUCACUGGGACAGUUCAGUUAAUAUCUGUAAACAGCACGCCCCUCCUUGGAAAGGAUUUUAACAGAUUUCAGAUGAACUUUCACCAGUACCUAAUGAGUAGAACAUUAUUAUAUUUAUGUUCUUCAUUUAAAAAUAGAAACACAUAAUAUGCUGUAUGUGCAUGUUGUAAAAAAAACUUGAAUAUCUUUGCAGCUCUUAUUUACCUUUGUGUCACCUAGGUGUCACAUUUGAAGUGUAACCUCCACAUCAGUUGUCUGGUCACUGAUCGGUGCAGUGAAUCCCUUCAUCUAUGUGUAAUACUGACUGUGCAAUUAGAGUCUGAAAACAGACUCAGUAAAGGUCUGACAAAGCUCCACCCCUCACAUGACUCAUGUAAUAAACUACGAAUCAAGCUUGUUGUUAUUAUUCCUCACUGAGAAGAGACACACAGAGUGAAAGACGAUAUCCUUUCCUAUGUGACCUCCUUCUACUGGAGAAGGUCGGCUACAGUUCCAACAACCCCAAUUCUACAAAAAUAUAGAACCGCCUGAAUGUCCGACUCUUUUGAAAUUCGCAAUAUUGGCGAAUAAACUGAUUUUGUGAAACUUUAAAAGAUUCAUAUCUGUAGGCUGUUUACUUUUUUGGAUUAACGCGCAACAGUGGCAUUUCCGACUUCUCUACGUCGAAUUGCGUGCCGUUGACGUCAUCGCGCCAGGAAGUGAGAGCAGGAAGGUGAAGCGGUGAGCAGGAUGAUAAAUAUGGCUCGUAGUUUGCUGUGCAGAGCUGUUGUUCUGUUUGAGCUCCGCCGGACAACAGCGCUUCUGCCCGGUACCCGGUUCUACUCCCAGACGGAGCCGGAGCCGCUGACAGUGAGACGGCAAAACGACGGAAUUAGGAGAAUAAUCCUGAACAAUCCCAAGAAGAGGAACGCUCUGUCGUUGUCCAUGCUGGAAUCACUCAGAGAGAACAUCCUAACUGAUGUCCACAGUGAUGAGCUCAGAGUUAUUAUCAUAUCAGCCAAAGGUCCGGUAUUUUCUUCUGGACAUGACCUGAAGGAGUUGACGUCAGCUCAGGGCCGAGAGCAUCACACCAAAGUGUUUCGCACCUGUGCAGAGGUAAUGACCCUGAUACAGGACAUACCUGUUCCGGUGAUUGCUAUGGUGAAUGGUGUUGCCACAGCGGCAGGAUGCCAGCUUGUUGCCAGCUGUGACAUUGCCGUGGUGACGGAGAAGUCCACCUUUGCCACUCCAGGGGUCAGCGUGGGUCUGUUCUGUUCGACGCCGGCGGUGGCCAUCGGCAGAGCUGUGCCGAGGAAGGUUGCCAUGGAGAUGCUGUUCACAGGAGCUCCCAUCUCAGCCCAUGAUGCUUUGCUGCACGGUCUGGUCAGUAAGGUGGUGCCUGAAGAGCGACUGGAGGAGGAGACGUUAGCCAUCGCCCAGCGGGUGUGUCAGGCUAGCCGACCAGUUGUAGCCCUCGGCAAGGCCAUGUUCCAAAGACAAAUGGCUCAGGGCCGAGACGCAGCAUAUGCCACUGCCUCUGAAGGGAUGGUCGACAACCUGGCUCUGAGAGAUGGACAGGAGGGAAUCCGGGCCUUCAUAGAGAAACGCAAGCCUGUGUGGAGCCAUAAAGCAGAAAAAGCCUAUGACUGAUGAGCUGUUGGAGAGAUCACGGCAAUGAUCCAGUAACUGUCCUGACUGGUGCACAUGGUUUUCAGUCACUGGUGUGGGAAAAUUAGCACCAGUCCUGAGUCAGUGUUUGGGCUACAUAAUAGUAGAGUUGUAAAUUGCCAGGACUGAAGUUUGCAUUAUUCACAUAAUCUUUGCUGGAGAUUUAAUCUUUUUUCCUGAGACUAAAGACAAGCAGACAAGUGUUCCAUAGAAGCUGCAGGGUGAAGCUGAGAAGGAAAUACAGUGUUUGCACCCAGAUGAAUCAUGGUGGCUGUGACAUAACAGAAUCAUAAAGCUGAAUAAUGCUGGUACAUGAACAGGUAGGAGUUAUUUUAAAUGUUUUAUGGAAGUAUAAAGGUCUGCAUCAUUUUCUACACACACUGACAGUUUAUGCUCUGUGAAUCCUUUCUGGUUUCCCUUGUUGUUGUUUGGAUAAACCAGACAACUGAAGAUGUCACCUUGGAGAUCUUCAACAUGUGACAUUUUAUAGACGAAACCACUAAUGAAUUUAUCAAAAGGAUCAUCAACAUUUUGUUGCUUUUUCAAAAAUGACUGAGGACCUGAAUAGCACCAAGUAAAGGAACUGAUUGACCCAGUCAGAGAGGGGACAGGAUAAUCUGUGACACACUGAUCAUGUUUGACUGUGGCGCCUCCUGCUGGUGGAAAACAGAUUUAUCAGGCACUGAGAGAAGCAGUAAAGGCAGCACCGUCAGCAAGUUUAGAGUCCACAGACCAGCUCCCACGGGUCAGCGCUGCAGAGGAGACGGUGCCUUUAGAAGCUGUGUCAGUGUGUGAGAAGACACAUCCUGGACAGGUUCAGCACCUGUCCAGGAAGUGUCACUGCAGAGAGAAGAAAACGAAGCAGCUGUCUCAGUGUUCAUUGAGCAGCUCCUCACUACAAAAAGACAAAAAUAAACCAAACUGAAAUCCCAAAGGUGGCACUGUGGCCUCACAACAAGAAGGUUCUGGGUUUGAGCCCUGUGAUAGACAAACAUCCAGUCCACGGUGGACCCCGCCUCGCGCAAUGUCAGCUGGGAUUGGCUCCAGCCCCCCGUGACCCUCUUCAGGAUAAGUGGUAUAGGUAAAAUCCAAAAGGAUGUUCCUGAACAGCUGUUUGAAAAAACAUGCUGAAGUCAAGGACAUCAGUGUUCCUUUAACCAGAGGAGCUUUUAAAAAUCUCAGAAAAGUUAUUUAUCAGGACCUGAGUAAGAGACGGGCCUGUUGAGGGGUGUUGCUGCGUGCUAUGUACACAAAGGACCCCAAACUGAAGCAAUGCAUUGCCUGAUACCUCCAUAGCCUUCUCACGAUUCUUCUUUGCUGUGUGUAAAUGCUUCACCUUAAGAAAAACAAAUAUGGUUGAUAUCAUGGAGGGGCGGCACAGCGGUGCAGUGGUAAGCACUGCUGCCUCACAGCAGGAAGAUAAUCCCCAGUAAAACGUUUGAGGACACGCUAACAUUUCAAAAGCUACUCAGUUUGCAGCUCAGCAUUUGAGAGCACUUAUCUGUAAGUGUAGUUCUGGCCAUGCAUGUGUUUGUUUCUGAGUGUGCAUUCAGGUUUUUCCACUGGGGGUUUUUUUUUUUUUGAAAGUCAGUUGUCACCAAAAGGUUAAAGUGCACAAAAGAAGAGCCAGGAGCCGGAUUCUGUCGGAGGUUUCUUCUGUAAAGGGAGUUUUUCCACCCCACUCCUCUUUAUGAUACUGUAAGGUCUGGACCUUACUAUGUAAAAUGAUUUGUGUUGUGAAUUGGCGCCAUACAAGCAAAACUUAAUUCCACUGAAUUGAAAAAGAAUUGAGUUGAUAUGGUUUUACCGUGGGUGCUCCGGUUUUCUCCUACAUUUGCUCAAAAUCAUCUA